GACCCUCUCGUGCCCCCCUCUUUUUCUCUCCCGUCGGCCCUACUUCGGCGCCCUUCUCCGUUACGGCGCUGCCGCCGAUCGCCGAGGGAGUAUUCCUCGCGGCGCGACCACGGCCGAUCAGUGCGUGACUCGUCGUUGUUGCGGCGAUUGACGAGGACGAGAACGUUGUAAUUUGUCGUUCCGGCGUCCGUCAAGUGCUCUCCCUUGCUGGCUUUGGGAAGUAUGAUCGCGACGGGUUGAUUGUGACUCGUAUACAAAAGAAAAGGGGGAGAAAGAAGCGAGAAGAGAUCCACAACGAUCAUCGGUGAAAAAGAAAGAGAGAGGAUCCUUGACUUCGUUACACCACCUAGAUUAUACGCGGACGCGAAGAUCGUCGUUCCCUCCCGGCGAGCGUCCCUCUCAGCGUUCGUCGUCCCACGGAUAUACUGGAAUAAAGUGUGUCAACAGCAAGUGUGUAAAAAAGUGAAAACCUGCGUGCGAUAUAAAAUCUCGUUCUCGUACGUCUGCUGGCCAAGUAAAUCGUAUAUUCGCGUGCGCGUGUACGGAGUGCACAGUGGUAAACGAGUUGAAUUCAACCGCGAUUUCGCACGGUGCGAGUAUACCACUCGGCAUUCGCGCGCUCCUUCGUUUGUUCCGUUCAUUCGUUCGUUCGUUCGCGCGUUCGUCCGUCGAUUCGCACGGGCGACGGCUCGCAUACAUCGAGAGCGUACACCGGCACGCGGUUCGUGGCUAUGCAGCAGCCCCGCGGUACCGCAGCGGCGAGACGCAGGUAACGCCGACGGGAAGACGCGACGACACGAGCAGCAGAGCGCGCGCGGAUUGCCGCUCUCACAUCCGCGCUUCCGCCGCCUUUCGGGGAAGCGCCGGCGGCGUGUAAACACCGAGGGAUACGCGACGCGUCAACAUGUGGACCACGAUGCUCGUGUGGACGGCCGUCGUCGUUCUCCUGCCGACGCCUCGAGCGGUGAGCGCCUCGGGGGUGUUCGAGCUGAGGCUAAAGUCCUUCGUGAACGAGUUCGGCAAGGACAGCCUGGGCAAGUGCUGUUCCGGCAGUGCGUCCAAGACAGGCGAGUGCUCGGGGGUCUGUAAGACCAAGUUUCGGAUCUGCCUGAAGCAAUACCAGGUGAAGAUCGACACGCUGUCGAAGUGCACGUAUGGCGACGUUUCGACGCCCAUUCUCGGUGAGAACAGGAUUAAUUUCAGCCCAAACAUCCAUUUUUCGAACUUCACCAACCCCAUGAGGUUCCCAUUCGAGUUCACAUGGCCGGGUACAUUCUCGCUGAUAGUGGAAGCUUUUCACGAUGUGGACAACAGCACGGCCGAGAGUGUACUGAUCAUGCGGCUGACCACCCAAAAGUGGCUGGACGUCGGACCGGAAUGGACCGUGGACAAUUACAUGAGUGCCCACUCGAAAAUAGAGUACGAAUAUAGGGUGACUUGCAAUCCAACUUAUUACGGCAAGGGUUGCGAGGACUUGUGCCGGCCAAGGGAUGACGGCUUCGGCCACUAUAGCUGCAGCCCGAGCGGCGAGCGCGUUUGUCUCACUGGUUGGAAGGGCGACUAUUGCAACACCCCCCGCUGCCUGCCCGGAUGCGACGAGCAGCACGGACACUGCAAUCGACCCAACGAAUGCAUAUGCCACAACGGCUGGAAAGGCUCGCUAUGCAAUCAGUGCGUUCGAUAUCCGGGCUGCCUCCACGGUAGCUGCCAAAAGCCCUGGGAGUGCGCGUGCGACGAGGGCUGGGGCGGACUAUUCUGCAAUCAAGAUCUCAACUAUUGCACGAAUCAUAAGCCGUGCAUGAACGGCGGCACCUGCUUCAACACCGGCCAGGGCUCUUACACCUGCUCGUGUCCGUCAGGCUUCACUGGUACCGAAUGCCAGACGCCGCUCUUCGACUGUCACUCGAAGCCCUGCCUGAACGGUGGUACCUGCACGAUGACGGAGUUGCCGUCCGUGAGCUACGUGAACGGCAAUGGUACCGAGUUAUCGUCGUCCUCCAGGCAGCAGCAUCGUCGAAGCUACCGCUGCACCUGUCCACCUGGUUGGCGCGGCCGACACUGCGAGAUCACGACGCGAUCCUGCCGAGACUCACCCUGUCGACAUGGCGCCACCUGUGAGGACGACUCUCUUCGCGGCUACGUGUGCCAUUGCCCGUCCGGUUACAUCGGCACCGACUGUGAAUCGCAGGUCGACGAGUGCUCGCCGAAUCCCUGCGCGAACAACGGCACCUGCACGAACAAUAUCAACGGUUACCGAUGCACAUGCCUUGCCGGCUUCACCGGCGAGCGCUGCGAGAUCAACGUAGACGACUGUCAGGGCGAUCCGUGUCUGAACGGCGGCACCUGCAAGGACCAGGUGAACAGCUUCCGCUGCCAAUGUGUACCUGGUUACGUCGGCAGGCUCUGCCAAGACAAGGUAGACUACUGCCUGGCAAAACCAUGCGCGAACGGAGGCAGAUGCACUUCUGGGACCAAUGACUAUCAUUGUACGUGCAAGCCUGGUUUCACCGGCAAGGAUUGUAGCGUGGAUGUAGAUGAAUGCCGGAGCGCGCCGUGCCAGAAUGGCGGUAUAUGCCGGAACCGUGUCAACGGCUUCUUGUGCGAGUGCCCGAACGAUUGGCACGGUGACACUUGCAACGAAAAAGCCGGUGUCGUAGUGGCACCCCCGAUUACAUCACCGCCCGCGAACGUGCCGCUGGCAGAACCGUCCUCGGGAAGCGGCCAUUGGCCCGGAAAUUUAUCGAAGCACGUUGCCUCCAGAAAAACCAGCCUGACCACGGAACACCUAGUGAUGAUCGCGACUCUUUCCACCGCAGUACCGGCUUUCGCGCUAUUCGCUGCAGUCGCGGUGAUGUGCAUGAAGAGACGACAAAAGCGGGAACAGGCGAAAGCCGACGAGGAAGCGAGGCUGCAGAACGAGAGGAACGCGGUGCACAGCAGCAUGAGCAAACGUAGCGCCAGUACCAUCGGCGUCGGAGGCACUGGCAUUGGCGGUGGCGGUAUAGGGAGCGUCGGCGGUCUCCUCGGCAGUGGUAAUGGUCUGAUCGGCACGGGCGGCGGUAGUGUUUGCGCCCUGGGCACCGGCGACGCGCACAUGAUCAAGAACACCUGGACGGCGAGUAAAAGUGUAAACAAUGUGGCGUCGGCAGCGUCGCGGCAGGACGACUUAGAUUCGUCGUUCCAAACUGAUGUGACGUUGGACAGUUCGUGUUCGGGUUACAAGCCAGAGCCGGUGCUGCAAGACGGCCGGACAAGAACGACGAAACAGCUGAACACGGAGGCUGCAGCCCAUCGGGCGUCUGCGCACCUCUUCCAGAAGGAGAAGGAUUGUCUCGGCCUAGGUCUCGGUAUCGGGGUCUUGGAGAGUGCCAAAAGGUCAUCUGUAUUUGCCGCUACUGGCAACGCGGCGGACAGUUGUUGCGCCGCGGAAGCCGCACUGAUGAAAAGGCCGACGACGAUAUCGGAAGCCAACGGCGCCGGUGUCGUCAGUAGUAAUAGUAGUGGUCCACCGGGAAGCGGUGGUGGUGCCACGGACAACAGCAAUUGCGGUGUGUACGUGAUAGACGAUCACUACGUCAGGCACGACGCCACGCUGGCGGCGACGCUCGCGACGGAAGUGUAGUAGACUCCGAACGUCGGACUCCCCACUUAGAGUGAUAGAGAAAAAGAGAGAGUGCAUGAGAGAAAAAAAGUAAUAGAAUCAGUGCAUGUGCGUGUGCGAAUUGUAGAUCUUGUUUUCUCCGUGCGCGUAAAUUGACAGACCACCCCGUUCGAUUUCCUUCGGUUUUUCUCGAGCGACGCCGCCGCGAUAUCCUCCGGACGGGGACGCCUCGUCUGGGAUACCUGCGGGUGUUUAUUUCCUUUUCUUUUCUUUUUUUUAUAAUUUUUAUGACAUUUUUUUGCGAAAGUGCUUGUGCAUCCGCUAUUUUGGCGCCGGUAGGAUUCCGCGAUAAACAUCGUUUCGAGAAGAAAUACGCACUGCACCGCGCCGCCGGCCAGUUUGACCAGUCAUGAGGGUAGGUCGUCCCUAUUAUACUAAAACAGGAGCGGUGACAGACUGAUCGAAGACGUUCGAUCGGGGCUGAUCGAGAGGCGACACAGACAAGGAAAAGAAUUAACGCGAUGCUGUGGGGGUCGGUCGGUUUUCUCGGGCGGCCGCCGACCCAUCCUUAGGUAUUAAUAUUAUAUCGUGCUCGAAAGUGAAACUCUGUACAGAACUAAUUUAUUAUUAUUGUUAUUUACUUAUUGUAUUACUGAUUGCUAUUAAUUAUUAUUAUUAUUAAUAUUAUUACAUCGUGUCGCAUUAUUAUUGUUCUCGGUAUUAGUUCUUUUUCGAAUUUGCGUGACCGAGCUGCCGACUGGAGCAAGAAUACGACAGCGAAAGAUCUUUCAUGUAUAUUGUCGGUAUACGUGUAAGAAUGAAUGAGUAUGUGUGCAGAGUACUUGUGUAUAUGUGUAAUUGCGAGCGAGAAAAUUUAACGACGGAUUAGCAUCCUCGGAACGACGUCGUCUUUUCGUAUUCGGAAUUAAUGUUUCGUGUAAUACCGCCUCUUUUUUUCCCUUUUUUUUACAAAACAUUCCUUUUCUCAGAGAAAAUACCGUUGAGCGACUUCCGCUUAUGGUGACAACGUCCAGUGAUGAAAAGCAUGAAAAUUGAUAUUUAAAAUGACACUUCAAAGAAAUUUUCCCUCGACUUUUUGAGAUUCUCCGUUUCAGGGAUAGCCUCAAUUGGUCGAGUGAUCCUAUAGACAUCCGUUUUCCACGCCGAUUUUCAAUCGGCUCAAAGGAACAUUUGGAAGAAAGGAUGGAAAGCGGCACAUGACUCUUAACAAAAUUCCGUCCUUUUUAAUCCGAAAACGUCGUUAUUCCAUCGCGGUAAUUCAAGUAAAUUUAAUAUGUGAAAUUAAAUUGAGCGAUGCGAUAGUUUUCGUAGAAAAGGAUAAAAAAAAAGUACCGAGUAAAUGCAGAAGGGAAAGCCCGUGCGUGCGAAGCUUGUAGAGCUAGUCUUUGACAUACUUUCAUCGAAUUCCAUCCAACUGUCGGGGCGAUACAUGAUAGUGGAAAAUUUAUUCGCUGAUUUGAUAAAUUCCAAAGAAAUCGCGCAGCGUUGGCUUUUCUUCGUUUAAAAAAAAAAGUAAUCAUCGAUUUUCUACGAAUCCUAUGAUUGCUACACAAACGACGUGUACCGUUCGACGAGACAUUGCUCGCGUUGAAAAGACGAACGGAUAGAUGUGUAUAAAUUAUGCAGAUAUAUAUAGAGAUAUAUUAAAUAAAUGAAUAAAAAUAAAUAUAUAUAAAUGAACAGUGAGAGAUAGGAACCCGGUGUCGUCGAUAACAGCAUUUCGAUGAUGCUACGGUUUGUUCCGAAAUGAUUUGGUAUCGAAAUCGGCGAGAGAGAUAUCGAAGGAGUGAUUAUUGUCACGCGAGAGAACGUCGGAUCGAAUUCUCAAUCGAUUAAAUCUGAUCGUGGCGCAACCCUCUUCUCACGAGCAACGCGAAUGUUUUGCAGAAACGUCUAAAAAGUAAUUCGAUAUUUAAAAGCACUUCUUUAAAUGAGAACACAUUCUGAUUUUUUUUCAAAUAUUUUUUUUCCUGGAUGGACUUCUCAUGGACUCUCACGUUGUUCGUUUCUAAGAGUCAUAUACUUUUGAAAAGUUAUGAUGAAACUGGCGGUUGAGCUGCGAUCAAAGUUAAGAUUUCGGCGGAUUCGGUCGUCUCUUCCGCGUUUAUUCGCUCUCACGAAUGACCGAAUCCGUGAAGUAAUCGACUCGUAUUGUCCGCGUUCAUUCAUGCGAGAAAGAAAAAUCUGGAAAGAUCACCCAGAAACAAUUCGGCUUUUGCGAAUCUUCUCUCAUUUUCAGCCGCGCUUUUUUCGGCGGUACGCUCGCUGACUUCGCCCACGAAUGCGUGAUAGAUAAGUGACGAUUAUUGUAUGUUGAUGCUGCACGAUUGAUUAUGAUAAUUAACUAUUUAUUUAUGACUGCUAAUGACGAUUUUACACAGCGUAAAAAAAAAUAAAUGGCGAUUAGUGCGCCGAUGACAGUGAUGACGAUAUUGUCGCGUGAAACGCGCUUGCGAUGUACGAAGAGUGGGAGAGAGAGAGAGAGAGAGAGAGAGAGAAAAUGAGUGAAUGAGUGACCGAGUGAAAGAGAGGGAGAGAAUUGUAGCGAACAAAGAUUCGAUGAUGUUCCUGUUACGAAAUAAUGAUAAUUAAAUAAACGAAAUGCAAGUACCGACUAAGUCAGGUUUAUUUUCGGGUCUCGUUCGCGCGCGGUGGCGCAAACAGGGUGUUUUUUCUUUUCGCAUUUACAUGACAGUCGUACAUAAUCGGUGACGCUUUAUUUUAGAUAAUGGCGACCGUACCUACAACGGUGACAUCCGCGGUUUAAUCGAAGAUCGCGAUGAAUCCAAUCCUUUUCGUCUGGCUUCCAAUCUCCCAAUCCUUUUCUCCACUCCGUCGAGCUCCCGACAGCCGCCAUCGCGCGCGUACAGACUCCAAAUUAACGAGAAACGCGUGCGUGUAAAUGCGAGAUUAUAUUGUACGAAUUACGAUGUGUAAUAAAGCUGUUGUCAUUUUUUGUACUUACACUUCUUCGGACGAUUUGAUAUGUCUCGUUAUCGUUGAAUGGUCUCCGUCAUUCCCAUCCAUCCAUAUCCCCUUGUCCCACUCCCGAUUAGAUUUUUUUCAACGACGUCUCGAACUUUUAGACUUUCGAAUUAGAAUUACUUUUUUUUGUACCAGCGAUGCGUAUUCGCGAGAAAAAGGAAAAUUGUUUCCCACUGAUAGUGGCCUUUCGUUCGCGAUGAGGCAUUGACGAAGAUUGUAAAGACUAUUCUAAGGCGUACCGUACCCCGUUUUUGUAUAAAACAGAAAAAAGUUAAUAUGCACACAGCGUAUACAUACACUGACAUACACGCAGCACAUCUGUAUAUUUGUAGUAGGACUAUACAAUUGCGAUUAUUAUUAAUUAUUAAUAUUAUUAUUAUAUGGAACGUGUAAAUAGAUGAAUUGUCAAUAUAACGAUGUCACGCAAACGACAGUGGACGAUUAAUAAUGAUACAUAAAAAAAAAUGAA